AUGGUGAGCAAUAGACCAAACCUCAGUGGGGCUCGGAGACAGCAGCUGCAGGCCUGGCGAAGACGGCCAAAGCUGCUGCGGGGUGUGAAAUUGUACAGAGCGCAGAACGGGGAGGCGGGGAGACGGCUGCGCUUGCGCAGUGCCUUCUUGUGGUGGUCGUCGAGGGUCGUGGAGAUGAACGGUGAUGGCUCCUCUUCGCCACCACUGGUAACCCCUUGUUCUUGCGCAGACUCAGUUGCUCCUCAGCUCUUGCCCAAACCUCAGGGGUCUGUGGCGGGGGGGCGAAAGCCAGAUCGUGUCCCACACCUUGUCCGAGGCUGCCCCUCCGAGGGGAUUAGCGAAGACUCAGCUCGCUUCCCCAGAGGACCAGGAAAAAUGGCUAAUGGUAAUUGUCAAACUGUUUCAGAUGCUGUCAUGCAUAAAAUAUGUAAUUUUAUUGGGUUCUGGACUGGAAAAGAACGAGGCAGUGUGAAGUUUUCUCUGCAACAACAGAUCGAUGAAGAAGAUACAGCAGAACAAACACAUCCAGUUACUUCUAGCGCAGGAAACAAACAUAUAAAAGGAAAAAUGGAUCCCUUGUUUUGGCCAUCAGAAACUAACAGCUUCCGACGUUUCACCCCUGAGUCCUUGGCAGCAAUCGAGGAAAGAAUUGCUGAGAAAAAAAAGCAGCGAGCCGAAGUUAACCAGAAGAAUAAUGACCAAGGAGUUGAAAAAAAUAAACUUACUCCUCAGCUUGAUCUGAAAACCUGCAAAAAACUUCCAUCUCUGUAUGGGGACGUUCCUGCGGAGCUCGUUGGGGAACCCCUGGAAGAUGUUGAUCCAUACUACAGUGAUCACAAGACUUUCAUGGUGAUAAAUAAAAGGAGGACUAUUUUCCGGUUUACUGCCACACCUGCCUUGUGUAUAUUUGGUCCUUUUAAUCCAGUCAGAAAAGCAGCAAUUACAAUUCUGACACAUUCAUUAUUUGUUGGCUUUAUCACAUGUACUGUGGUACUCAAUUGUGCUUCCAUGGCUCUAAAUAAGCUUCCAGAUGCACUCAGCUGGACUGAAUUUCUUUUUACUGGCAUAUAUACUGGUGAAAUAUUGAUAAAAGUAUUAGCUAGAGGAUUUGUUUGGAAUGAAUUUACCUUUCUUCGAGAUCCAUGGAACUUCUUGGAUCUUGUCGUUAUUGUCAUAACGUAUGUUACCUUGUGUAAAAGUAUGGGCAAGGUUUCAGCUCUUCGAACUUUCAGAGUACUGAGGACUUUGAAAGCUAUUUCGGUAAUACCAGGUCUGAAAGUCAUCGUAAAUUCACUUAUUGAAUCUGUUAAGAAACUUACUGAUGUGUUGAUCUUGACUGUUUUUUGCUUGAGUGUAUUUGCUCUAAUAGGCCUCCAGCUUUUUAUGGGCAAUUUAACAUCCAAAUGUGUCCUCAUUAAUGCUACUUACAAUGACUCAUUGUGUAAGGAUGCCAAGAUAUGGAGUCUUUCACAGAGAUUUGGUCCGUCAGGGUAUUUUUUAAAAAUGAAUAAAUCUCCUGAAAUAUUGCUCUGUGAGUUCAGUUCAAAUUCGAAUCAGUGCCCAGAAAACUAUAGCUGCCAGAAGGUUGGGAAGAAUCCUGACUUUGGGUAUACAAGUUUCGAUCAUUUUGGCUGGGCCUUCCUUUCUUUAUUUCGUCUGAUGACACAGGAUUGCUGGGAGCGUCUCUACAGACAAACUAUCCGUACAUCUGGAAAGAACUACAUUUUUUUUUUCCUGGGGGUCAUCUUUUUAUGUGCAUUUUAUCUCUUCAAUCUGAUCUUGGCUGUAGUAACUAUGGCAUAUGAAGAGCAAAAUAGAGCUACUCUUGCUGAAACAGAGGCAAAAGAAAAAUUACUUCAGGAUGCCAAACAAAUUCUAGAGAAAGAACAGAUCUUGGCUGCAGGAGAAGGUAAUAAGGCCUCACAUGUCAGAUCCGAAAUGUCAGUUGCUGACUUGAAAAAUUCAAAAGAAAAAGAGGUGAAGAAAGAAACACCUAUUUUAAGUCAGGGCUUGAUUUUAGGUGAUCAUGACAAGGAGGAGCAUAUAUUUUAUUCACAGCCUGGUCGCUGCCACAAGAAGCUUAGGCAGAUACUGCUGUCCUAUGAAUUGUCAGUGGACUCUAUUAAUGAUCCUUUUCGAAGACAGAGGUUAAUGAGCGCAGCCACUAUUAUUACAGACAAUUUGAAACUGCAAGAGUCAAAACUGAAAUGCCCUUCAUUUUGGAAGCGUUUUGCUCAAAAAUAUCUGAUUUGGAAUUGUUGUCCAUUCUGGAGAGCAGUCAAAGAGAAAGUGAAAUUGGUAAUUUUGGAUCCAUUUGUGGAUCUCUUAAUCAUGGUUUGCAUUAUUGUGAAUACCUUAUUUAUGGCUCUGGAGUACCCCGACAUGGACCCCAAUUACCAACAAAUGAUUUUUCUAAGUGACAAGGUCUUCACCCUGAUUUUUACAGCAGAAAUGAUCUUGAAAAUCAUUGCUCUAGAUCCUUACCACUAUUUUCAGCAAAAAUGGAAUAUUUUUGAUAGCAUAGUUGUUAUGAUUGGCCUAAUAAGCUUUGAAGAAAACCUGUCUUCUUUCAGGCUGCUCAGGAUCUUCAAGUUGGCAAAGUCGUGGCCAGCCUUAAAUACUCUUAUGAAAAUAAUUCUAAACUCAGUUGGUGCUCUGGGUAACCUCACUCUGGUUUUGAUUAUCACUGUAUUUAUUUUUGCUGUAGUAGGAAAGCAGGUUUUGGGCAGUUAUUAUGAGAAAUAUUACAGUAAAAUAAGCACCAAUCGGGAUUUACGCUGGCAUAUGAAGGAUUUUUGUCAUUCAUUCCUGAUUAUAUUCCGAAUAUUAUGUGGAGAAUGGAUAGAAACCAUGUGGGAAUGCAUGGAAGUGGCUGGAAAAGAGCUUUGUCUUCCCAUUUUCUUGCUAGUCCUGGUGAUAGGAAACCUGGUGGUGCUCAACCUAUUCAUUGCCUUGCUGCUGAGUUCAUUCAGUACUGACUCUUCAAUGGGACAAGAGGAAGCUGGACAAAUGUCUAAAUGUCAGAUUGCCAUUGCACGGAUUCACAAGGGCCUGCAGACUGUGAAAGACAGAAUUUUGCAUCGUUAUGGCAAAAUAAUGAAACGAAGCCUCAAAACAACAGCCAAAAAGAAGACUUUGGUGAAAAUUUCUGCCAAAGACUUAGAGGAAAAUAACUAUGCCAUGACAGAUAUCAGAAAGUGUAUAGAUGACAAUUACUUUGACAUUGGCCAUUACAAUACUGAAGAGAGUCCCUCAAUAACGAGGAAAUAUGAGGAAUUUUUAACCAGUCGUAGCACCUGCAUUCCCAUUGCAGUAGCAGAGGCUUACACCGAUGAAGGUGGUGAUGAUGAGCACAGUGUAUGUGCAGAAACAGAAUGCAGAAAACAGAAAUGCGAUGCUGAUAGCUAUUCUGAAGCCAGCACCGUGGAUCCAGUUAUUCUUCUGGAGAAGUUUUCCCAGCCUAAAAAGUCACACCCACCUAAGGACUGUUUUGCAGAAAGUUGUGUUGAAUGUUUCCCAUGUUGUGCGGUGGAUAUCACUAAGUUUCCAGGCAGAACUUGGUGGAAAUUUAGAAAAACCUGCUACAGAAUUGUUAAACAUAGCUGGUUUGAAAAUUUUAUAAUUUUUAUGAUAAUAUUGAGCAGUGCAGCACUGGCAUUUGAAGAUAUUCACCUGCAGGAUAGGAAAAAAGUGAAAAUGAUCCUAGAGUAUGCUGAUAAGAUAUUUACCUACAUCUUUUUUAUGGAGAUGCUUCUGAAAUGGCUGGCUUAUGGUUUACACAGUUAUUUCACAAAUGCUUGGUGCUGGCUUGACUUCAUCAUUGUAUGUCUGUCAUUUGUUUCCUGGGGACUAAAUACUGUUUCCAAAGACACAUCACCUUGUUCCUCUGGGAGUGCCCUGAAAUCUCUCAGGACUCUUAGAGCAUUGAGGCCUCUACGAGCUUUGUCAAGAUUUGAAGGGAUAAAGGUUGUUGUGAAUGCACUCUUGGGAGCUAUACCCUCAAUCCUGAACGUUUUGCUCGUCUGUAUUGUCUUCUGGCUCCUAUUUAACAUUGCAGGAGUAAAAUUGCUUGGAAAAAAAUUUGCGAAAUGUGUACUCGAGAAAGGAAAUAUCAGUCAAAUUGAAAACAAAAAAAAUUGUACUGACUAUAACGGAACAUGGACAAAUAGUGAUGUAAACUUUGAUAAUGUUGGGAUGGGAUACUUGGCUCUUCUCCAAGUGGCAACUUUUAAAGGUUGGAUGGAUAUUAUGUAUGCAGCUGUGGAUUCACGUAAGAUAGAUGAACAGCCAAAGUUUGAAGCAUUCUUAGCCAUGUAUAUGUAUUUUGUGAUUUUCAUUAUUUUUGGAUCUUUCUUCAUGCUGAACCUUUUCAUUGGAGUGGUUAUCAGCAAUUUUAACCAACAAAGGAAAAAGAUAAGUGGAAAAGAUCUAUUUUUAACUGAGGAACAGAAAAAGUACUAUAAUGCCCUAAAAAAACUUGGAUCCAAGAAACCUCAAAAACCCAUCCCAAGACCACUGAAUGUGUUCCAAGGAGUGCUGUUUGAUAUAGUAUCGCACAAAGCAUUUGACGUUACUGUUGUGACUUUCAUCUGUCUAAAUAUGGUCGUUAUGAUGGCAGAAAAUAACCAGAACAGCAUCAAGGAUGUUCUUAAUAAAAUCAACUAUUUUUUUGUGGCGGUAUUUACUGGAGAAUGUGUCAUAAAAAUACUGGCCCUGAGACAUUACUUCUUCACCAGUGGCUGGAACAUAUUUGAUUUAGCUGUUGUCGUCCUUUCGCUAGUCAGUAUUGGAGUUGCUGAAGGCUUUCAGUCUUCCUUCUCUCCUACACUUCUGAGAAUUUUUCGUUUGGCACGAAUUGGCCGAAUCCUGAGAUUAAUUCGAAAAGCUAGAGGAAUUCGAACUCUUCUCUUUGCGUUACUGAUGUCUCUUCCUGCACUGUUCAACAUUGGUCUUUUGCUUUUCCUGGUUAUGUUCAUUUAUGCCAUUGUAGGCAUGACAAACUUUGCCUGUGUUGGCUGGGAAGGUGGGAUUGAUAACAUUUUCAACUUUCAAACCUUUGAUAGUAGCAUUCUCUGUCUCUUCCAAAUUACAACAUCAGCUGGCUGGGAUGGUCUUUUGGUCCCUCUGUUAAAAGGACCUAAUUCGUGUGCUCCCAACUUAAAUUUAACAGAUGAACAGAAAAACAAUUGCACAAAUAAGGCGGUUGGUAUUUUAUUUUUUGUAAGCUAUGUCAUUAUAUCAUUUCUCAUUGUUGUAAAUAUGUACAUAGCUGUCAUUUUAGAGAACUUCAGUGUUGCCACUGAAGAAAGCACAGAUCCUCUUUCUGAGGAUGACUUUGAUAUGUUUUAUGAGACAUGGGGAAAAUUUGAUCCUCAGGCAACACAGUUUAUCGAAUAUUCUGCUCUUUCAGACUUUGCAGAUGCUCUGGCAGACCCCUUACGCAUUCCAAAGCCUAAUAAAAUUCAGCUGAUAUCCAUGGACCUCCCUAUGGUUAGUGGAGAUAAGAUCCACUGCUUGGAUAUCUUGCUUGCUUUCACUAAAAGGGUCUUGGGAGAAGCUGGAGAUUUGGAUGGUCUUGAGUUACACAUGGAAGAAAAAUUUAUGGCUGCCAAUCUAUCUAAAGUUUCCUACAAGCCAAUUACUACUACCCUUAAAAGAAAACAAGAGGAGGUAUCAGCUCUUGUUAUUCAAAGGGCCUUCAGGAGGUAUUUGAUGCAGCGUUCUUUUAAAAAGAAAUCUUUCUUAUACCGUCAUAAACGUUGUAACAGUGCUGUCUUUGAAGAAGAAACACAUGAGAGGGAAAGUCUUAUUGUGUCCAUGCUUAAUGAAAAUAACGGUAGGAAGCUAGAUAAAUCACGGACUAUAUCUUCCAUAUCUCUCCCUUUAUUUUAUGAUGGUAUUGCUGAAACAGAUAGCGAUAAUGUGGACACAUAA